UCCUCUACUGCUGCAUUCUGGAUGUCGCAAACCUCGCGCAUAUUUUUCCUCCCGACAACAACGACAGUAGGGGCGUCCAUCAUGCAUCGACUUCUCGUCUUCUUCUUUGCGAUGCUGUGUAUUUGCAGCGCCAACAAAUGGAAAAAGAAUUUUAAAUGUCCUUCAGGAUGUUCGUGCACGAAGGAGACCAUCAUGUGUGUUGGCACCACGCACGUCCCGCGCACCGUGCCGAGUGACAUCAACUCGCUGAGCAUCGUAAACGGCUCCAUUGCAGAAAUCCCAGAGGGAAUGUUUUCACUCAUGCCUUCUCUGCACCUCCUGCUUUUAAAUGCAAACUCUUUGACUACAAUUAAAGAUGAUGCUUUCUACGGUCUUCCACAUUUGGAAUAUUUGUUCAUUGAAGGGAAUAAGAUUGAAACCAUUGCCAAAAAGGCCUUCCGUGGGCUACGAGAUCUAACUCACUUAUCCCUUGCCAAUAACAAGAUGAGGUUCCUGCCAAGAGACUUGUUUUUUGACAUGGAUUCAUUGCUGGAACUAGAUCUGCGAGGUAACGCUUUCCAGUGCAGCUGUGAGAACAAGUGGCUGAUGACGUGGCUGAAAAAUACAAACACCACAGUGUCAGAUGUCUUCUGUGCAGGCCCCAGUGACAUGAAGGGCAAGUGUCUCAAUGACCUUCCCAUCACACCAGGCCAGUGCAUGUCUACAGACUUUGUGCGUCACCAGUCCAUUCCCAUUCAGUCAAUCUCGGCAAACAUCUUCUCCUUUAAGGAAGACAUCUAUCUGGCCUUGGCUGUACCCAACUCUAACAGCUGUGUGGUCAUGGAGUGGGAUCACAUUGAAAUGAAUUUCAGAAAAUUUGACAACAUAACAGGGAAGUCUGUCGUUGGGUGCACGUCAGUUCUGCUCGACGAACAUGUCUUGAUCAUCGUCACGCAGCUCUUCGGGGGUUCACAUGUUUACAAGUUUGAUGAUCAGCACAACAAGUUCACCAAGUUUCAAUCCAUUGAGGUCCUCAACAUCUCCAAACCAAAUGACAUUGAGGUUUUCCGCAUGGAUGGCGAGUGGUACUUUGUGAUAGUAGAUAGCUCCAAAGCGGGCUUGUCUACUCUUUACAAGUGGACCGACCAACCAGACCAGAACCAAACUGGGUUCUAUACCUAUCAGUUCCUCCAUGAAUGGUUCCGCGAUACAGAUGCUGAGUAUGUUGAAAUAGACGGGAAGUUCUACCUCAUUUUAGCGAGCCGCUCUCAAUCACCCGUCAUCUACUUGUGGAACAAAAGCACCUUAAAGUUCACGGUUCACAGUGAAUUCCCGAAUGCGGAGGACGUGGUGACGGUCAAAGCUUUCCGAGUUGAAAAUGAAUUAUAUCUGGCCAUGACCUGCUACAUCGGUGACUCAAAAAUACUCAAAUGGACCACUAAGCAGUUCACAGAGAUGCAGGCUCUUCCUUCUCGAGGGGCGAUGGUCCUCCAGCCUUUCUCCUUCAUGGACAGACACUACCUCGCUCUAGGCAGUGAUUACUCCUUUACUCAAAUUUACCUCUGGGACACAGAGAGCAAAACCUUCCAGAAGUUCAAGGACUUCUAUGUGCAAUCUCCACGGUCCUUUACUGCAGUCACCACCGACCGCAGGAAUUUCAUCUUCUCCUCCAGCUUUAAGGGCAAAUCGAUGGUCUUUGAGCAUAUUGUGGUAGAUUUAAGCUUAUAA